AUGGCUACCGCCCCUAUCUCCGACACCCAGCCCUCUUCCGCCCUCGUCCUCCCUUCUCCCCUCUCUUUCAGCGACACCAUUACUGAUAUCACCCCCUUCAUCCCCAUAGUUCUUGACCUCAACAGCCACAAUUACUAUCACUGGCGUCAUCUCUUUGAGAUUCACCUUGGUCGUUGCUCUCUUAUGCAUCACAUCUCCGGCGACGUGCCUCCCGCUCCUAGCGAUCCCCACUGGGUCAAGGACGAUCUUGCCAUCAUCCAGUGGUUAUACACACGCAUUUCGACCGAACUCUUCAAUCUUGUGGUCACCGAUGGCGCUUCCGCGCGUGACAUCUGGGCCGAACUUCGCCGGCUCUUCCAGUAUAACCGUGAUGCUCGGGUCUCCGCCCUCAACACGGAGCUCUGCACGAUCACGCUGGGCGACUGCCCUGUGGGCGUCUUCUGUCAGCGCAUCAAAGCGAUCGGCGACGAGCUUCGGGAGCUGGGUGAGGUGGUUGUCGAUCGUUCUCUCCUGCACGUCCUGAUGGGCGGGCUCGAUGACCGGUUUGCGCAGCAGGCGGCCCUCAUCCCUCUCCUCCGCCCGCUGCCCACGCUCGCCGAGGCCCGCUCCAUGCUUCAGAUGGAGGAGCAGAACCAGACGCGUAAGGCUGGCGUCCCGCGUCUCUUCCACGCCACCACGCGCCCUGCUGCAUCGGCUCCUGCCCCGACUCCAGCCGCGCUCUCCGGGUCGUCCUCAACACAGCCGCCCCCUGGAUGGCGCCCAAGCCCGAACUACAAGGGCAAGAACCCCAUCUAUCGUCCUCCCCAGCCGCGCUCGUCGGGGGCGUCCUCGUCCUCCUCUGCGCCGCCACCUGCAUCAUCAUCGGGCCCUGCGCCAACCCCGACCAUGCCUUCAUCGCCGUGGCGCCCUUCGCACGAUCCUUGGACCGGGCUCGUCCAAGCCUGGUCGAUGCCGUGGUCUGCGCCCUCUCCUUAUGGCGCACCUCCCGCGUACAACGUUGCCUGGGCACCACCUGGCAUGCGUCCGCAGCUCGGUGCCCCGGGCCUCCAUGGGUCGCGGCCUCCGCCGCAUGCCUACACGGCGUAUGCACCUCUCUAUCAGCCUUCGCUCCCGCCAUCAGCUUCAUCAGUGUACCACUUGUUGGGGAACGGCAUAUUUCCUUCACCACUAUGGCGGCCCCUCUACUUCACCUUGGGAUCAGGUGCCGCCGGCGCCUCCCGCUGCAUCACCAUGGGAUCCGGUGCCGCCGGCGCCUCCUGCUGCUGCCUCGUCCUCUACACCGACCGUGCCGACCUGGGACCAGGCUGCCUUUCUCGCGACCAUGAAUUCUCUUACCACCCAAGACACAGCUCCUCUCUUUCCUCCCUCCAACCUUCCCUUUUUCCUUCCAUAACAGUAGGCAAUGGUUCUUCCAUUCCUAUUACGUGCACUGGUUCUACCUCGCUCUCUCCUAACCUAUCUUUGCGUGACGUUCUUGUUGCGCCUGCUCUUAUCAAGAACCUGAUAUCUGUUCGUAAAUUCACUAUUGACAACCUUGUUUCUGUUGAGUUUGAUCCCCUGGGUGUAUCUGUGAAGGAUCAUCGCAGCAAGGAGGUGAUCGCUCGGUUCAAUAGUUCUGACGACAUGUACACUGUCCGCGGCGUCGCUUGA